GUAGUCAAUGAAUAGUAGGUAGGUACAUAUGUCAUAAAGGAGGAGUUUUAUUUUGUUUGUAAGGAAUAAACAGAAGUACGUAGAAAUAAAGUUUUUAUUGUGCUUGUGAUACAAGUGAGUUAAUGUGAUUUUGUAAGCCAUUUUUGCUUUGUAUUUAUUUGGUUUCUUGGUUAAUAGCUGUGUACAAUAGUCUACUAGUCCAAACCUAGCUAUUCUGUCUAGCUAAUAUUAAUAGGUAGGCUAAAAAGAAAGUUCAAAGUCUUCUUUCUCUUCGUUGGUGAAAGUCGUCCCACCUACUAUAGAAUGUCGUCCAACCCAGGUUUGACUUCUGAAGCACAACUGCGGUACCUCCUCCAGUGGUUUGGAGAGUUCAGUGAACUGCAGCGAGAAGAUUUCUUGCCGGUCCUGGCGGCGGCUCGUGGAGGCAAAGCUGACCAGCUAGCAGCUACAUUAGCAGCGCUGUCAUGUGCUGACAAACCUGUCAGUCUAUUUCAGUGUCGGAUAAAACUAUUCAAUGAAUGGUACCCAACAUGGGCUGAGGAAGAGCAAGAUAGAUUGAUUAAAGGUGUAUCUGAUAUGGAUGCAGAGUUUGGUCUUAAGCUCCAAGAUUUAUUGACAAAUGGCCCCAAGAUGAAUGGAGAACUAAAUGGAACAGAUGAAGCUCAUUCCUCUUGUGAAUCAGAGCCAGUAAAUGAGGAAAGGAGGAAUAAUGAGGAACCCGAGGAAGAAACUCAAGAACUGGCUUCUGAUAAUGUUCCUGUUGAAAUUGCAGCUGCAUCUUAAUCUAAGUAUUAAAGUUUAUAUUUAUAAAGUUCAAAUGGAAAGAUCUGGCUAUCUAUUUGCAGUAAACACACAUUGAUUGGUUUCUCAUUAAAUCCUCUCAAGGCUGUUAAAUAGUAUUCACAAAGUUUGCAUAGAUGUAUUCUAACUAUAGUGUUCCCAUUUAAAGAGAUGUUGAAUACCCCAAGAACUAUUGGAGUAUAAAAAAAAGAUAUGAUUGUAUGACAGAUUUAAUAUAGGAGUAACCAAAGUCUGGCCACCAUCUCCAAUUUCAUUUCAUAUUUUAUUUGAAUCUCUUAGGACUUUUUGAAGGAAUCAUGAAUUAUUUAUGAAAAAUGCUACACAUGUAUAGUUAAGUAAAAUAUCUUUGAACUGAUGUAAUUAAGUCUAAUAAUAUAUCAAAUUAAUAUCUUUUUAUGAAUACGUUUUUACAUUUUGUAUCAUGAAUAUGCAUUGAAGCAUUUAUUUAUACAUCUACAUUCCAUGACUAAAGCAUUCCAAAAAUUCUUGAAUUUACCAUUUACGUGUUAAUCAUUUCGAAAAAUUUUGAGUUAAAAUACUUAAGCCUUAAACCAAAGGUUUGAAAGAAGAAAUGCGAAGUAUUAAAUUACCAAGUACAAAACUUGAUAAUGUGCCAACAAAAUACUAAAAUUACAUGGUGACUAGAAAAUAAAUCAUCAUCUGUCAAUUUUAUAUCACUAUAUGAUGUAUAAUGGUUUAUAUUAUAUAUUGUGUAUUAUAUACUUAUAAACUAAUAUAGCCUAUAAAGAUAAUGUGGUUGUAAUUAAAUUAGAGCCAAGAGUGUUUGACUCGUAAGUGAGUGAGGUGCUAGAAAAUGCGAAAGUUGCAGCUAUACGCCAUUGGUAGCCAUUUUAGUGUUAUAAUAUGUUAGUAUACGUUUAUUUACAUUUUAUUAGAAAUAAAGAUUGGAAUUGAUAA